AAUAAAUUAAAUUAUUUUAAUUAUAGGUGUAGGAAACGGGCAACUGGAUAUUGGGUGAUGAUCAUUAAAACUUGCUUAGAUAACAUUAUCUCAAAUUCAUUCGCUGUCGACAGUGACUCCUCAGAAUCACUUUAUUAUUUAUUUAUUAUAUGUUAGGAGGAUAGUUUGGUAAUUAAAACCGAUGCCCAUCUACGAAGUCUCUCGUUCAACAAACCUCCGCUGUCGAGAGUCGAGAGAGAAUAAAAAUAAAGAAUAAGCAGAGAGAGGAGAAACAGAUAGGAGUUACAGGAUUUGUGAAUUUGCUUUUCAAAAACACUUUAUAAAAACGUUUCCUACUUUUCGCUUCUCUGAUUUUGUUUCGUUUCCGCAAAAUCACGCUGAGAUCAGUUCAUCGCUUAAUCCAUUUUGAUUGCUUGAUCGUUCUUUUGAUCCAACGGAUUCAAUCUUCAUCUUGUGAAAACCAUGGAGGUCCGGCCCAAUCCGGUGGAUGACAACUCCUCAAUUCCGCAGCAGCAUCAGCACCAUGCGCACGCAGCUCCAUCCAAGCAGCUCAAAGCUGCGCCCAACCCCGUCGACACCAGUUCCGUUUCUCAGAGGCUUCAAAAAGAGUUGAUGGCCCUCAUGAUGAGUGGAGGAGAUCUUGGGGUAUCUGCUUUCCCUGAAAGCGAGAGCAUUUUUACCUGGAUUGGCACAAUCAUGGGUGGAAAUGGAACUGUGUAUGAGGGUUUAUCUUAUAAACUUUCAUUACGUUUCCCCCUUGACUACCCUUUCAAGCCACCCCAAGUUAAGUUUGAAACAAUGUGCUUCCAUCCAAAUAUUGAUCAGUUUGGCAACAUUUGUCUUGACAUCCUUCAGGACAAGUGGUCUUCUGCCUAUGAUUGCAAAACCGUUCUUUUAUCCAUUCAAAGUCUAUUGGGAGAGCCCAACAUAGAGAGUCCUCUCAACAGCUAUGCUGCAUCAUUAUGGAACAAUCAAGAAGAUUACAGAAAGAUGGUCCACAAGCAAUAUUUUGCAGGAGAAGCAUUUGAGAGCUAAGUGCUGAACCUCAAAUUAAAAGAACCAUUUGAGGGCUGAUGUAGAUUUCUCAUCAAAGAUGCCAAAAUGGAAUUUAUGUUAUCACACGGUUUCGUAUAUCUGUAAAGCUCUUUCAAAAGUGUUGGGAACUUUAAAAUAUAGUUUUGUUCCUCCAUGAAUAUGGGAACAGACUUUUUCAAUCUGAUCGCCCAAAAACCUGGGGAAGUUACAUCUCUCUUUCUUUCUCUCUCUCUCUCUCUCUCUCAUAAAAUAAUUUGACCAUCAUCUGUUGUAAAUUUGUUUCAAUUGAAGUUGACUUCUCAUAUGUGACUUGCACUGAUGAUAAAUAUUGGCAUUCUGUA